AUGUGGUGCGCGAGCAAGGCCGCCGAGAGCGCGUCCGCACGUCUCUGUGCGGAUGCCGAAGCAAAAACCACAUAUGAGCUCGGUGUCUCAUACUCUCCUGAUACGGAAGAGGGAUCUGUUUUGAAGGCAGUUGAAACCAAGCCGCCUGCCAAGCUUGGCAUAUAUGAUGCUACGCGUCGUAGCAUCUUUGGUUCGUCGGACGAAUCAGAUGAACCAUCGCCGAAGCGAAGGCGCUCGAGUUCGCGAGACUCGGGCGCUCACAGUGGUGUCGGUUCUCCUAUUGACACCACUUCGCAGCGAGGUGCCAGUACUUCUGUCGGCACGUCGCAAGAAGAGCGGGACCGCAACGUGUUGCGUCUCGCUCCCGAAAAGAAGUCAUGGAUGCUCCCAAAGUCAGUCAUGGACGCUUGUCGGCGACGACAAGUGAUCGCUAUCGAACAAGAUUGUUCGAUUCGUCAAGGAUCCAUCACCUUGACCCCAGUGCGAAAAACUAUCGCGCUGAGAAUGAAUUCUUCAUAG